GCCACACUCUGACUGCUUCAUCACACACAAACACACUCACUCAGGGACGGAGGCUCGUCACUGAAACACUCUCUCGUAGUUCUGCUUUACUUUCAUCCGACGCAGAAUCAUCAUCAUCAUCAUCAUCAUCAGUCGUCCAUCAUGCACAGCAAAGAACAGAUCAGUCAUGAUGAAUACCAGACAACAGCUGACUGGUUGAUGUCUCAGACCAAACAUCGCCCCCAGGUGGCGAUCAUCUGUGGGUCUGGACUGGGGGCGCUCGCUGACACGCUCAAGUGUCAGGACUCCUUCGCUUAUUCUGACAUACCAGGCUUCCCUCAGAGCACAGUUCAGGGUCAUGCAGGUCGACUGGUUUUCGGAGAGCUGAAGGGGAAGACGUGUGUGUGCAUGCAGGGGCGCUUCCACAUGUAUGAAGGACACUCACUCUGCAAGACAACGUUUCCUGUUCGGGUCUUCAAGCUGUUGGGGGUGGAGACUCUGAUCGUGACAAACGCAGCCGGCUCAUUGGCUGAUGGUUUCCAUCCUGGUGACAUCAUGAUCAUCAAAGACCACAUUAACUUCCCAGGACUGGUCGGUCUGAACCCGCUGUGCGGACCCAACGACGACAAGUUCGGACCUCGUUUCCCGGCCAUGUCGGGUUGCUAUGACAAAGACCUGCGUUGCCUAGCGAUGGAUAUCGCCAAGCAGCAGGGUGUGGCCGGCUUCAUGCAGGAGGGCGUGUACGCUAUGGUGGGAGGGCCCAACUUUGAAAGCAUCGCUGAGGCCAGGCUACUGCAUCGGCUGGGGGUGGAUGCUGUUGGUAUGAGCACGGCUCCUGAGGUCGUCGUGGCAACUCACUGCGGCCUGAGAGUCUUUGGUCUUUCUCUGAUCACCAACAAGGUGGUGAAGAGCUAUGACGACUCUGAGAGUGUGAACCAUGACGGCGUCCUGGAGGUCGGCCGGCUGCGCUCUCACACCGUCCAGCAGCUGGUGACUGAACUGAUCAGCAGGAUCGAGAUCAAUAACAACAACUCCAAGAAUGCUGUCUGAACCAACACACACACAUAUUGUGUGUAUAUUUAUUGUAUUCACAAUAUUUUUCAGCGAUUCCCGCUGUUUGUUUUUCAUCCGUAUUUUGUAUCCUUGCUGUUAUAAAAACUUUAUUUAUAUUAUCAUGGUGCCUAAUAAUGCAUUAUCUGAAUGUGAGUAUUAAGAUUUUAAUCCUAAAGAUUAAUAUAACAAUGAUCACUGUCUCUGAUGGUGCUUGAAUUAAAAAAAAUAAUAUAUGAGACCAAGAUGUUUUAAUGUGUUCCAUUGCACUUGCUCAUGUUGAAUUAAUUAUUUUGUAAAAAAAAAAAAAAAAAAAAUCACCAAUUUAUUGAUCCAUGUUAUUCUGAUUAAAAUGUUCUGCCCAACCUUUUGUUU